AUGCCGGAGGGGGAGCUCAAGGAGGUGAACGCGAACAAGCUGGGCGCGCAGCAGUGCAUUGCCUCGGUCUUCGACGACCACGAGUGCUUCCUCUCCAAGUUCAAGGACCCCGUCGACCGGUACGCUGGCGUCGGCAGAGGUGACGCUCUCCCGGCCGGAACCAUCACCGAGAGGCCGAUCCGCCUCGCUUCCCUGGUGGCCGGAGACGACGGCGGCGGCAACACAUCGGUGAGCAACCUCGGGAACCACACCGGGUACUACCGCCUCCCCACCACUCACGACGCCAGGCUCUUCUACUUCUUCUUCAAAUCCUGGCGACACAAGAAGGAGGACCCCGUGGUGAUCUGGCUGACGGGAGGGCCCGGAAGCAACAGCGAGCUAGCCCUCUUCUACGAGAAUGGCCCCUUCCACAUCGCGGACAACAUGUCGUUGCUCUGGAAUGAGUUUGGCUGGGAUCAGGAGUCGAAUCUUAUCUAUGUUGAUCAGCCAACUGGGACUGGGUUCAACUACAGCUCCGAUUCGCACGAUACCCACCAUAAUGAAGCGGGUGUGAGCAACGACCUAUAUGACUUCCCGCAGGCCUUCUUCAAGGAGCACCCGGAGUAUGUUGAAAACGAUUUCUAUAUAACCGGGGAGUCAUAUGCUGGGCACUACAUUCCUGCCUUUGCAACUAGGGUGUACAAGGGGAACAAGAACAAUGAGGGCAUUCACAUCAAUUUGAAGGGUUUUGCGAUUGGUAAUGGACUUACAGAUCCAGCGAUACAGUAUAAGGCAUACACCGAUUAUGGAUUGGAUAUGGGUUUAAUUACACAAUCAGAAUUUAACAAGAUCAAUAAAGUUGUUCCUGCUUGUGAAUUUGUUAUCAAGCUUUGCGGUACCUCUAGCACUGUAUCUUGCCUUGCUGCCUAUUUUGUUUGCAAUACAAUAUUCAGUUCCAUCAGGUUUAUAAUCGGGAACAAAAAUUAUUGUGACAUCAGGAAGCCAUAUGCGGGGAGCCUAUGCUAUGAUUUUUCUAAUUUGGAGAAGUUUCUCAAUCUGAAAUCUGUGAGACAGAGCCUAGGCGUUGGAGACAUAGAGUUCAUCUCUUGCAGCCCGACUGUCUAUCAGGCUAUCAGGUUAUGA